AUGCUAUUAGAAAAAAAACUUCUAAUGGAGAAUGAUCAAAUCUUAAACAUCAACCCUGCAUUUAAGCAUUUAUUAGAUAAAUGCAAUAUCAACCCAAGCCAUUUAAGAUCCAACAGUUUCGACAUACCCCAGCCAAUCAGAAACCAGCAGAGAAUUAAUUUGCAUUUUGUGUCAAAAUCAAUAAAUUCAAUUCCAAAGACUAAAAUGUCCAAAAAUGAGUGCACAAUAAAGUUUAAACCUGAAGAUCUUACCUCAAUUAAAAUUGCAAUAAAAGACACAUUUAAUACAAAUAAAACUUGUAAAUUAGAAAAUUCUGAUGAAAAUUAUAAUGCAACAGAGUCUAUGCCAUUUAUAUGGAAUUUCUAUUUUUUUGGUUUAUGAAGAGGCUAUAUCAAAUUUUUAUAUUAUAGUAUAUACCAACUGAAAAUACACAAGAAGAAAAGCCAAAAAUAGAAGAAAAAUCAAUAUUAAAAUUAAAAGAAAAUGCAGUAGAUGACAUGAAAAAUACUAUAUCUUACAAGGAGCUAAUAAAUUACAAAACUGGGGACUUAAAAAAGAGGAAAAAAACAGUUCACAUAGCACAAGACCCUUUUUCUUACCCAAACUUAAAACAUGAACAAAACAGUAUUGUAUUCGCUAGACCAUUUACUACCACAGCAAAGAACCCUUACAAAAUGUCUUUUACAGAGUAUUGUUAUUGGGACAAUUCACAUAAUAAUACUAUUAGCAGAUCCAAACCAAAGAAAAAAACUAUUGGAAAGCCCAAAAAAAUUUGCAGAAACAUCACAACACCUCCAGUCCACAAAAUUUUUGAUUCUUUAGGGCUGGUCAAAUUAAGUGAAAAAUUAAAAAUUGGCAAAACAAAUAGAAGCUCAAGUGAAAUAAGACCUAGACAAGUAGCCAGAAAUGCAGAUGAUGCCAAUAAAAGCUAUAAUCAUAUCAUAGAAACCUGUGAAAAAGAACAUUUUAUUUAUAAAUCGUUUGUAAAAGGGUUUAAACAAGAAGGCGAAUCAAUUGUAAAUAAAUUCAGAAGAUUGAACCAAGAAAAUUCAAGUGAAAAAAUGAAGCUAAAAAUAUGAGAAAAAGAAGAAAUUGUGAAAUAUAAGAAAAAUCUUAAUGAGAUGACAAAAACACAAAUGCUAGCUUUUAAAUCGAUAAAUGAGAGAAGAGAGAUAAAAAUUAGAGGGGUCACUGGGGAUUAUUUCAGCCCCUACCCUUAAAUGAAUUAGCUUCGCGCUCCAGUGGUGCUAAUCACUUUUCCCAUCAUACGCCCUUUUCCGUUGACGUUAUGAAAAAUUGUGACGUCGACAUCUUUCGGGAAAGACUCACCCGAACCUGCUUGGACAAAAAAUUGCAGCAAAGGAAUCUCUUAACCCUUGUUAGUGCUCAGAGUGCGAGGGGAUCGUCCAAAGCCUCCUUAUGGAACUACCUCCGCCAUUUAAAGGCAGGAUAAUGCUCCUCCAGAAGUGCCCGAUUGGUGUUGGGCUGUCGGUCUUCUCAUCUGUGGGUCGUGAAAGAGGCCAAGUCAGCCCAAUCCUGUUCCUCAAUCCACAAUCCCCAUCUCAUGUGGCACCGUGGCCCUUCGGGGCACCUUUUAUUUUGUGAACCCUGAAUUCGGAAUUUUUUGGUCGCUCCAAAGCAGAGGUUCCGUCAUCUGCCAUGAUAGUGGGAAUUAUAAAUGAGAGAAGGAUUUCGAAAUGCAGCAAUAGCGAUAAAUUACUGCUGCAUCUAUAA